GACGUCGAGGGUCUCUCGCGUGGCUCUCUGUCUCGAGAACAAGAUCGAAGAAAAAAGAAUCAACCACCUGAAUCAUCGCGUUGAUCCCUGAAGCCGAGAGUUACAGUGAUUGGCUCGUGUUGGCGCUUUGGAGGAAUUGAAGCUUGAAAUGAACAGCGAGGCGAUCGCGAGGAUGCUGAAGAUCGUCAAGGUCGGCUCGAACGGACUCAGAAGGCUGCACACGAGCAAUAAGCCAGAGCAUCGUUGCGCCUUACGUAGAAAUGAACGACAAGUGUUCAACAGAGAGUUCGGCGUUGGUGCCGAUGAGUAGCCUAGUCGACUCUGAAUACUAUUCGAUCAGAACGAAAAUCGCGUGCUCGAUUUGGUUAGAGAAGAAUACCGAAAACUCGAGGAGGAUGCUGGCCCGUUUCCUCAGCACCAGAGACCAAGAUCAAGCGACGAACGCCGAAGAUGUUCUCUUCGACAUGUUCAAGAACGAAGAUACCGGUCUUCUAGCGGUGGGAAAAUUUUUGGCCGCUUUGAGAACUACCGGUCUGCGAAACGACGACCCGAGGCUUCAAGAAUUCGCGGAUAAUCUACGAAAGGAACACUUGAAAACCGGUGGUCACGAGGGUAUAUCCCACGAGACGCAAAAAUUAAACAGGGAACAAUUUAGAAGAAUUAUAAAUCCGAACAUAGUGUUGAUCUCGCGAGCGUUCAGGCAUCAAUUCAUCAUCCCCGACUGGUCGGGCUUCACCAAGCACAUAGAGGACUUCUAUUGGAAAUGCAAGUCGAACUCGGAGGGCAAGGUCGCGUCGUACAUACCUCAGCUGGCAAGAAUGAGUCCAGAUUACUGGGGCGUUUCCGUUUGCACGAUCGAUGGACAGAGAUUCAGCAUCGGCGACACCUCGAUACCGUUCACUCUGCAGAGUUGCAGCAAGCCUUUGACUUACGCGAUCGCAUUGGACAGGCUCGGGCAGGAAGUGGUCCAUCAAUACGUCGGCCAAGAACCAUCCGGGCGAAACUUCAACGAGCUGGUGCUAGAUUACAACAAGAAGCCUCAUAAUCCCAUGAUCAAUGCUGGAGCGAUCUUAGUUUGCUCCCUGCUAAAGUCGCUGAUCAAGCCUGAGAUGACAUUGGCCGAAAAAUUCGACUUCACAAUGAACUAUUUCAAGAAGCUAGCAGGCGGAGAGAACCUGGGCUUCAACAACGCUAUCUUUUUGUCGGAGAGAGAAGCUGCUGACAGAAAUUACGCGCUUGGAUUCUACAUGAGGGAGCACAAUUGUUAUCCCGAUAAAUCGAACCUGAAGGAAAUCUUGGACUUCUAUUUUCAGUGUUGCUCGAUGGAAGCGAACUGUGACACAAUGUCAGUGGUGGCAGCCACUUUGGCCAACGGUGGCAUUUGCCCUAUCACCGAGGAAAAAGUUUUAAAGCCUGAUAGCGUUCGAGACGUUCUGAGCUUAAUGCACAGCUGCGGAAUGUACGACUACAGUGGCCAAUUCGCGUUCAAGGUUGGCAUCCCAGCGAAAUCCGGAGUGUCAGGAAGCCUCCUGGUAGUGAUACCAAACGUGAUGGGCAUAUGCACGUGGUCACCGCCAUUGGAUCCCCUUGGAAAUUCCUGCAGAGGUGUUCAAUUCUGCGAGGAACUGGUCUGCGAGUUCAACUUUCAUAGGUACGACAACCUGAAACACGCGACCAACAAGAAGGACCCGAGGAGGCACAAAUACGAGACGAAAGGGCUGUCGAUCGUUAAUCUGUUGUUCAGCGCGGCCAGCGGCGAUGUCACCGCGUUGAGAAGGCAUCGAUUGAGUGGAAUGGACAUGACACUCUCGGAUUACGAUGGUAGAACAGCAUUGCAUUUAGCUGCCAGCGAGGGGCAUCUAGAUUGUGUCGAAUUUUUAAUCGAACAGUGUGCAGUUCCUUACAAACCUAAAGACAGAUGGGGAAAAAGGCCGGUCGACGAGGCAGAAACAUUCGGGCACAUGCAAGUGGUGGAAUACUUAAACAAUUACGCCGUGAGCCAGAAAACGGAAGCGGAGAACAAAGAAAAGAAGAACAAUAACAAUAACGGGGACGGAGAUGAACGAAAAAUAGUUGAAUCGGCGGCUCAGACACCGUUACCGUAAGAUCACGACAGCUUUAGAUAGGAUAUUUUUGAUCGACUAAUCGAUUAUACGGGGAAAGAUAAUGGAGGAACAACGAGAUCACAGUGAAUCGAAUUAUUUUCCCACGAGAACAUGCUUUGCGGCUGAUCUAGCUCGUUUCGACAAUUAUAAUUGAAUUUUUGCAGUCUUGUCGCUACCAUCGAACAGUAUAAAUUACAUAUAAGUUAUAGAAAUUUCUUUUUUUUUUUGUAUCGUAAUUAAUCUCUGCAUUUUUUUUUUUUUUUUUGU